CACCAUCUUUGGCGCACAAUGUUCACUGGGCGCCAGAGCAGGUGGCAGACCCGCCUGCAUCGAUUGAAAGCCUCAGGUGAGAGGCCACACUGCCAUCCAUUGGUGAGCAGUGAGAUGAGAAGAAUGGCUGGAUGGAGGUCAGGAGUGAAGUGGACGACUGAUGCCUCUGUCUGCAUCUGGUCUUGUUGUCUUCAGGCGUUCUAAUUCGACCAAGCCACGGCGGCUGCUGGUGAUGUAGCCGACUUGCCGCAGCCACUGGUGAAUGAAGGACACACACACACACAUACACAUAGAUCAUGUGCCACGCAUGACGGCGGCUCUCUCGCUCUCUUGUCGGUUCGGUUCAUCCGUCAGGCAAUGCUGGCAUCCUUGGGCCACGGCCGCCCCGCCACCCCUCCACGACUGCGACUGCGGUCCCUGGUGAUCAGCAAAGCCGCCCACUCGGUGCACACCAGACAAGCACUCCUCACACAGAUUAACAACGGCCCGAACCGAGAAGACAUCACCAGCGCUGUGCUCCAGAAGGUCAAGGAGCAUAUCGACGCCCAGUUCGUCGCCAAGGGCCUCAAAGGGAUCAUCGCCCUCUCCCCUGAUCUGACGUCCAUCGACCUGCUGCUGCAGCUGGCGUACUUCAUCGACCACAGCGGCGAGUGGGCGGCGACGGUGCCCAUCAUCAGGGUGGCCAAGCAUCAGCGGCAGGUGGAACAGUUGCCGAUAGAGCUUAGCAGUGCUGAUGUGGAGGGGGUGGGCAGCCGGGCACUCUUCGACAACCAGUGUGAGGCGCUGCGCCAGCUCUCACUCAUCCAGCGCCACCUCGGCGUGACGCUCGAGCGCCACAACAAUGGCGUGGAGCUGUUGAACGGAGAGCCGCUGACGAUCCGCACACUGCAGACGCUGCCGGCCGACAGCCCCUUCCGCGAUGGAUUCGACCCGAACAACCCCGUGUGUGAGUAUGACGGUGAGGGAGGGAGGGGAGGGAGGCGCGGGAGGGGGAUGAGGGAUCAUCAUUUGGUUGCGUAUAUGUGUGUGUGCAGAUUGGGAGUUUGCUUCAGUCCGCGAUGCCGUGUGGUUGGAUAAGUAACAAAAGGAGGAGAAUGCACACACAUCGCCACGUUGGCUGCACCGCUCUGCCAUGGUGUGUCUGAUCAGGAUGCAGUAUGGAGGGCGGCGGGUCGUGGAGCAGUAUGCGCCCCGGCACAUUAAUCCCCCACGGUGCGACCGACUCGUCAGUCAUCCCCCUGCGCACACCCGAUUGCCUCACCAGCUGUCCCACUCACUCCUUGUCAUCUCCUUUUCUCUUCAGCGGAUCCUCGCCACUCAGCCGCCGCCCCUAUGGGACCGCCACAUCAUCAGCACCAAGCACAUUGCAGCAGGAGGAGCCUUCGGACGCAUGAUAGUGCUGCAUGGCGACCAGCGGGGGGACGCCUUCGAGGCCCACCUCUACAUCCACAGCUUUGCCAGCAUUGCCAGCGCCCACCUCUACACGACGGAGCGUCCCGUGGCGGGCGAGAAGGGUGCCGCGAGGUUUCCGCUGACAGUGAGGGUGGUGCGGCAGGUGAUGGGGGCUGACGCAGAGAGGGUGUUCGGCAACAAGCUGGCCAUAGCUCUCCCCCCUGCUGCUGCUGGUGGCGGUCAGGGAGCCGGGCAGACCGCAGGCAAGCGCAAGCAGGGGCGACGGCACACACACAAGCAAUGAAUCCAAUUGGAUGUGUGGCUGUGUGUAGGUCCUGCUGCUGCUGCUGCUGCGACCGCCUCGUCAUCGGCUGCUGCAGGUGAGGCGAUAGCCUCCCCUUCGCAACAGAAUGGUACACACACACGCCAGCCAGACGCACACGGACAUCACAAUGGUCGUUGAGUCCUCUGUCCGUCACUGUGUGGUGUGCUGCGUGCAGCUGACUUGGUUGGGGCCCCUUCGGUCAACGUUGGCGUGGCGUCACCCCAUGUGGCCGCCCCAGCAGCUGGUGGUGAUGGCAGUUGUGGUGGCAAUCGUGGCGAGAAGCGCAAGGCGGUCGCACUAUCGGCAUCAAUUGGCGACAAUGGCGAAGAGGGCGAUACGGCGGCCGACGGUGGACGGGCGCAGAGGCGACGUCGCGAGCAGACGGCCAGGGGCGCAGAGGACAGCAGCAUGACGAUGGGGGACGAGUAGCCGACAUCAGAUACUGACCGACUUACUGUGAAU